AUGCUUAGUGCUGCUGCUCUGCUGGUGUACGCGUCUGCCGCGGUCGCGCUCAACAAUGGCGUUGCGAAGUUGCCCGUUCUUGGUUUUAAUACUUGGAAUGCAUACCAUUGCGACAUCUCGCAAGAACUCGUACUCCAGCAAGCCCAGUAUAUGAAAACGCUCGGCCUUCUCGAUGCGGGGUACACGCAGUUCAACCUCGAUGACUGCUGGGGCGUCAAAACCCGCUCGUCGUCGGGCGAGAUCCAGUAUAACACGACUCUCUUCCCAGAUAUGAAUAACUACACGGCUACGCUCAACUCGAUGGGAUUGUGUGUAGACUUCACCCCUUUUCGUACUCACGUCAUAUGUCCUGAUCGCUUCACCGUCCGCUCUGCAGCAAAGCCGUACUCAGACUCUGGCUGGCAAACCUGCGCAGGAUACGUGGGCUCGUUCGACCACGAGGACCAGGACGCAGCCUCGUUCCAGAGCUGGGGCUUUGACUACCUCAAAUAUGACAACUGUGCCAUUCCUUUCGACGACGUGGUGCAGCAGAACGUUCUCGGCAAGUACCAGCGCAUGCAGUACGCGCUCGAGAGGGUCGCGAACAGCACAGGCACGACGUUUGUUUACAGUUUGUGUGAGUGGGGCUGGAGUCAAGUUUGGCUCUGGGGUGCGUCGGUUGCCCAUAGCUGGCGGAUUGAUGGGGACAUCGCACCGUACUGGUCAUCCCUCACGAGCAUCAUUGAUCAACUCUCGUUUAUCAAUUUCGGGUCCCAAUUCUAUGGGCACAAUGAUAUGGAUAUUUUGGAGAUUGGUAACGGCAACCUGACGUACGACGAGUCCAAGACGCACUUCACCGUGUGGGCGUUUGCGAAGUCGCCCCUGCUUAUUAGUGCCGAUCUCUCGACCAUCAGCCAAGAGAACGUCGACAUCUUGAAGAACAGCGAGAUCCUUGCUAUCAGUCAAGACAACGUGUAUGGGCAGAGUGUGUCGCCGUUCCGCUGGGGAAUCAACCCGGAUUGGAUUACAAACGCCACCUAUCCUGCACAGUACUGGAGCUUGCCCAGCGAAAACGGAACUGUCAUCAUGCUGAUCAACACGCUCGACGAGCCCGCCGAUAUGUUCUUCAAUCUGACCGAGUCGCCCUGGCUGCGCGCCGGCAUCCAGUACAACGUCCGCGACCUGUGGUCGCACACCGACAACGGCACGGCCGUGCGCAACUACACCGCUGCCGGCGUGCCCUCUCACGGCGUCGCGGCGCUGCUGCUGACCGAGGCGGGUCCCGAGCCCCAGGGCCUGUUUCCGCCGUGCGCGGGUGAGGACUUGAGCAGCUGUAUGGCGGAGAACGGGACGAGCUAUGCGCAGUAA